AUGGCGGAAAGUAUAAUGGUGGAUUCUCAUGUUUGGGUGGAAGACUCAGAAAUAGCAUGGAUUGAUGGUGUUGUACUUAAUAUAAAGGGAGACGAAGCCGAGGUUAAAACCAAUGAUGGCAGAGAGGUUAUUGCUAACUUAUCAAAACUCUAUCCAAAAGACGUUGAAGCUCCUUCAGAGGGAGUAGAGGACAUGACAAGAUUAUCUUACCUGCACGAGCCUGCAGUUCUUGACAACUUGGCAACCAGAUAUAACCUGAAAGAAAUUUAUACUUAUACAGGAAACAUUCUUAUUGCUGUCAAUCCCUUUCAAGGACUUCCCCAUCUCUAUGAUGCUGAGGUUAUGGAAAAGUACAAGGAAGCCUCGUUCAAAGAGUUGAGUCCUCAUGUUUUUGCAAUCGGUGGCAUUGCAUAUAGGGAAAUGAUUAAUGAAGGCAGAAAUAAGUGCAUAUUGGUCAGUGGUGAAAGUGGGUCUGGAAAGACAGAAACGACUAAGAUGCUCAUGCGUUACCUUGCAUACUUUGGAGGGCAUACUGCAGCAGAAGGAAGGACAGUUGAAAACCAAGUUUUAGAAUCAAAUCCAGUUCUCGAAGCAUUUGGAAAUGCGAAGACUGUCAAGAACAACAAUUCCAGUCGUUUUGGAAAAUUUGUGGAGAUUCAAUUUGAUGAUGUUGGCCGGAUAUCAGGGGCAGCCAUCAGAACUUACCUUUUGGAGAGGUCUCGUGUUUGUCAAGUUUCAGAUCCUGAACGUAACUAUCACUGCUUUUAUCUCCUGUGUGCUGCUCCUCAAGAGGAUGUUGAGAGGUUUAAGCUAGGCGAUCCCAAGUCAUUUCGCUAUCUUAACCAAUCUAGCUGCUACGAACUUGAUGGUGUAAAUGAUGCAGAAGAGUAUCUUGCUACUAGAAGGGCUAUGAAUGUAGUUGGAAUAAGUGAAAAAGAACAGGAUGCAAUUUUCAGAGUUGUGGCUGCCAUUCUCCAUCUUGGAAAUAUUGAAUUUUCCAAGGGAGAAGAUGCUGAUUCAUCAUCUCUAAAAGAUGAACAAUCAGUGUUUCAUCUCCAAAUGACAUCAGAACUGCUCAUGUGUGAUCCCAAUUCCUUAGAAGAUGCUUUGUGUAAGCGUAUGAUGGUCACCCCAGAAGAAGUUAUCAAGAGAAGUCUUGAUCCUCUUGGCGCUGCCGUUAGCAGGGAUGGUUUAGCAAAGACAAUAUACUCUAGACUAUUUGAUUGGUUGGUAAACAAAAUAAAUAUCUCUAUUGGGCAAGAUUCUCAUUCGAGGCGCUUGAUUGGAGUCCUUGACAUUUAUGGUUUUGAGAGCUUUAAAACCAACAGUUUUGAGCAAUUCUGUAUUAACUACACGAAUGAAAAGCUGCAACAGCAUUUCAACCAGCAUGUAUUCAAAAUGGAACAAGGUGAAUAUCAGAAAGAAGAAAUAGAUUGGAGCUAUGUGGAGUUUGUUGAUAAUCAAGAUGUAGUGGACCUGAUUGAAAAGAAGCCGGGUGGUAUUAUUGCUCUUCUAGAUGAAGCAUGCAUGCUACCAAGAUCAACUCCUGAAACAUUUUCCGAGAAGCUGUAUCAAACAUUCAAGGAUCAUAAACGCUUCAUAAAACCAAAAUUGACACGAUCAGAUUUUACAUUAGUUCAUUAUGCAGGGGAUGUUCAAUACCAGUCCGAUCAAUUUUUAGACAAAAACAAAGACUAUGUUGUUGCUGAGCAUCAGGAUUUGUUAAAUGCUUCCAAAUGUUCUUUUGUGUCUGGCCUAUUUCCCCCUCUUCCUAAAGAGAGUAGCAAAUCUAAGUUUUCCUCAAUUGGCGCUCGUUUUAAGCUACAAUUGCAACAGCUGAUGGAGACACUGAACUCUACGGAACCCCACUACAUCAGAUGUGUUAAGCCAAACAAUUUGUUGCAACCAACAGUGUUUGACAAUGCCAAUGUCUUGCAUCAGUUACGCUCUGGGGGUGUUCUUGAGGCCAUCAGAGUGAAAUGCGCUGGAUAUCCAACAAAUAGGACUUUCAUUGAAUUCUUAAAUCGAUUUAUCAUUCUUGCACCGGAAAUUCUGAAAGGAGAGUACGAAGCAGAAGUUGCAUGCAAGUGGAUUUUGGAGAAAAAGGGGCUUACAGGUUACCAGAUUGGAAAAAGUAAAGUUUUUCUGAGAGCUGGUCAGAUGGCUGAGCUAGAUGCUCACAGAACAAGAGUGCUUGGCGAAUCAGCAAGUAUGAUUCAAGGGCAAGUUAGAACUCGUCUGACAAGAGAACGAUUUGUUCUCAUGCGGAAGGCUUCAGUUAAUAUACAGGCUAAUUGGAGAGGAAAUAUUGCACGAAAGAUAUCCAAGGACAUGAGAAGGGAGCAAGCUGCUGUCAAAAUCCAGAAAAACUUACGUAGACAGAUUGCCAAGAAAGAUUACGGAAGGACCAAAUCUUCCGCAAUCGCCUUGCAAAGUGGAGUGCGCACAAUGGUUGCCCGUCAUGAAUUCCGAUAUAAAUUGAAGUCUAAGGCAGCAAUUGUGAUUCAGGCAUAUUGGCGUGGUUACAGUGCUAUAUCUGACUACAAGAAAUUGAAAAGAGCUUCUCUUAUUUAUCAAAGUAGACUUAGAGGAAGAGUUGCCCGGAAACAGUUGGAACAGUCAAAGAAGGCUGACAAAAUGGAAGAGGCAGAACAUGAGCGAAAGGUGGAGCUUUCCAAUGGAGCAGAAGAGGCAGUUGAUAUGUCGUUUGUACAACAUUCAGAGCAAACUGUUGAUGCAGAGAUUGAACAUGAUCAAAAGCCAUACCCAAAACUUUCCAUUCUGGCAGAUGAUGAUGGACUUGAUAAGUCAUUCGUAAUGCAAUCAGAGGAAAGUGAUGAUGAAGAGAUAGGACAUGAAAGAAAGGCGAAACAUUCGAUUCAAGCAGAAGAUGAUAUUGAAAAGUCCUUCGUAAUGCAUUCAGAGGAAAGUGAUGAUGAAGAGAUAAGACAUGAAAGAGAGACAAAACAUUCCAUCCAAGCAGAAGAUGGGAUUGAAAAGUCCUUUGUAACGCACUCAGAGCAUAGUGAUGAUGAAGAGAUAGGACAUGAAAGAAACACAACACAUUCCAUCGAAGCAGAAGAAGGAAUUGAGAAGUCCUUUGUACUCAAAUCAGAGAAGCCUUACAACCCUUUUUCUGUUGUUAGCCAAAUGUCAGAUCCUAUUCGCGAUACAGAAAUCGAGUCCCUCACUGCAGAAGUUGAGAUGCUGAAGGCCUUGUUGCAAGUUGAGAAACAAAGAGCUGAUAUUUCGGAAAGAAAAUGUGCUGAAGCCCGAGAACUCGGUGAGAGAAGACGCAAAAGAUUAGAAGAAACAGAAAGAAGAGUUUACCAACUACAAGACUCUUUGAACAGGUUGUUAUAUUCUAUGUCAGACCAAUUCUCGCAACUGAAGUCCAUCUUGAGAUCUUCUUCUAUGUCGACUUCAACGUUGGCUUCAGCGCCAGUUGUGCGCGAUGAUCUUGCUGAUAGCUCUGAGAACUCUGAAGCUUCAUCAACUGAUUCGGAUUUCACUUUUCCGGCUCCAUCUCCUUCCUCGGACAAUUUUUCGAAUUUUAACCCGAAUCAGUUGCAAGUCAUUGUUCAGGAUCUAUCGACCACAGAAGCCAAAGGAACAGAGAGCUAUGACAGUGAUAAGGAAGGGGGCUUUGAAGAUUACUUCUGA